AUGGGCGAUAAGAAAUUCAAUUACCAAGCUCUCCCCAUUCCUUCUUACGAUGAGGCCGUCGGCAACCGUCCCGGAUCCUCACGGUCACACCCGGAUCGCAACGAGGCUAGCGACGAUGCCGAACGAGAAGGCCUACUGCAACAUCAAGACAACAACAAUGACGAUGCAAACGUAACCCGGGAUAACAAUAGGAAUCCCCCACCCCCUCGAUCGUUUCCACCUGGCUACCAGCCGCCCACCGUCGAAUCCGCCCGGAACAGUUUAGAUGAUCUCGACUCCGCCGCUUCGGGUUCCGAUAGGGGGUCGUUGGAGGAACUACAGCGGGAAUUGGAUCAGAUGGAUGUGGAGGAUGGUGGGCAACAGUCAUCUUCGUCGCAACGAGCCUCGCGGUUACGGAAUCGACUUGCGAAACCGUUUAGUACCCUGACGCGAAAGCUUUCUGCGAUGCAAUUCCCUUUGCGCCGGCUAUUACCGAACUUCCGCUGGACGGUCGAUCUCAACGAGGCGAGGACGAGGUUUCAGGGCCAGGGAUGUAUUGUCAUGUUACGGUUAUUUGGGCUGUUGCUGGUGGUUUCUAUGGUCUACAUUUUCUUCAUCUCCGACAUCUUCAGCAUGAAUACGAGGUUUAUCAUUGGUCAGUCGUUCAGUUCUUCGUCAAUCGAGAACUUCAUCCAAAGCCAAGUCAACGAAACCAACAUCGCCGAGAAUCUGAGGAAAUUGACAAACUAUCCGCACAUGGCCGGUACAGAAGGAAGCUUCGUGCUGGCGGAGUGGAUCGAGCAGGAGUUCCGCAGCGCAGGUUUCGACGAGGUCGAGAGGGAAGAAUUCCAGGUUUAUCUGAACUAUCCCCAGCAAGAUGGUCGCCGGGUGGCCAUUGUUGACCCGCCCCAUCUGGCCUGGGAAGCGACGCUGGAAGAAGAUGAUCGCGAGGUACCCGUGUUCCAUGGGCAUUCUAAGAGCGGAAACGUGACGGGCCACCUCAUCUACGCAAACUACGGAUCGCGCGAAGACUUCAAGCUGCUCGCUGAUAAGGGUGUCUCCGUGGAAGGCUCUAUCGCUUUGGUCCGCUACUACGGUUCCGAGACGGAUCGGGCGCUGAAGGUCAAAGCGGCGGAACUUGCCGGUGCAGCUGGCUGUAUCAUCUAUUCCGACCCGUCGGAGGAUGGAUUCGUUCGGGGUCCCUCCUACCCUAACGGACGGUUUAUGCCGGCCGACGGAGUGCAGAGGGGCGCCGUUAGCUUGAUGUCGUGGGUGGUGGGUGAUGUACUCACGCCCGGAUUUCCCUCGCUUGCUGCGGAGAAAGGAAGACUCAAGCCAGGAGAGAGCCCUGGGUUGGUUGGUAUCCCGAGUAUUCCUAUUGCUUGGCGCGAUGCCCAACGACUAUUGCAAGUCCUCAAGGGCCACGGCUCCAAGGUACCACCCAAAUGGGUUGGCGGAGUCCCCGAUGUACCGCAGUGGUGGACGGGCGAUAAGAAUUCGCCCAGCAUCAACCUCAUGAACAUGCAAGAUGAAGUCGAAAAGCAACCCAUUUAUAACGUUCUCGGACGAAUCGCCGGUCUAGAACAGCCCAAGAAGAAAAUCAUCGUUGGCAACCACCGGGACUCUUGGUGUUUAGGUAGCUCCGACCCAGGCAGUGGCACCGCGGUUAUGCUCGAAGUUGUCCGUAUCUUUGGAGAUCUGCUUAGCUUUGGCUGGCGUCCACUGCGCACAAUCGAAUUCGCCAGCUGGGAUGGAGAAGAAUACAACCUAAUCGGCUCGACAGAACACGUGGAAAAAGACAUCAAAGAAAUUCGCGAAAACGCAUUCGCCUAUCUCAACGUCGACACAGGCGUGAGCGGCUCAGAUUUCUACGCUUCUGCCUCACCGGUCUUCCAGCGCGUGAUGCUGCAAAUCCUUAACCGCAUCUCAGACCCCUUCGCCAACAAGACCUUGAAAGAAAUAUGGGAAGAGAAGCAGAAAAAACUGGCUGGUCUAGGCGCCGGAAGCGACUACGUAGCCUUCCAGGACCUAGCAGGAACCUCCAGUAUCGACUUUGGCUUCACCGGCGAGAAAUAUCCCUACCACAGCUGCUACGAGAACUUCGACUGGAUGGAACGAUUUGGAGACCCAGGUUUCCAAUAUCAUAAGGUCCUGGGCCAAUUCUGGGGGUUGCUGCUCGUCCAACUUGCGGAUAGCCCCGUCUUACCAUUCGACUUGGAAGCGUAUGGUACUCAUCUCAAAACUUAUGUCACAGAGCUGGAAGAAUACGCCAAAUCGAAAGAGGUUCCUAUUGCCCACGGUGGCAACGCUGCCCGCGACGCAACAGUCAACCUACAGCCAUUGUACGACGCAGCCUCGAAAUUCCAACAAGACGCACAGAAGUUCCAGCAGUGGACCGAUGCAUGGCACGACGCCGUCUGGGGUUCAGGCGGAUACGAGAACAACGUCCUGGGCAUCCAGCGAAUGGUGCAUAAUGCUCGUAUGGCGACUUUUGAAAGCAACCUUCUCGAUCUCAGAGAGGGCGGUGGAAUCCCCAACCGCACACAAUUCAAACACGUCCUCUUCGGACCUCAGCUGUGGUCCGGGUACGACGAAGCAUAUUUCCCAGCUAUCCGCGAUGUUAUCGAUAACACGCGCAACUGGACACAGACCCAGGAGUGGGUUGAUCGGAUCGCUGGUAUCAUUGUUGAUGCAAGCGAUAGCCUGUUCCAUAAAUCAUAG